ACUAUUUUCUUACAAUCUCGUGUCUGUGUUGUAUUCUGUUUGUACAGAUCAGUUGAAUUUAAAAUCGUGGCCUUUAGUAGUAGCGGUAGUGGCCUUCACGAUCUCUUAUCAUAUCACACCAUUACAUAUAAUUCGGAUCACCACAUGACCAUUUCCUUUUCUCUCUCUCUCUCUAAACCAAAACUCUUCAUCUUUUUUCUUCUUCUUCCUGCGGGGUUUUCUGGGCUUUUUCUCUGCAUGAAAAUGGUAAUGUUUUACGUGUUUUGUUUGUGUUAGGGUUAUUAGUUUUGAUGGUGUCUGUAGCAUAGCCGGUGAGCAUGGGUUUAGACGAGAAGAAGAGCGCAGAGGAAUUAGUUUUCGAGACGAAAACAAGAGCGAAAUCAGGUGAGGAUGAAUGUGGGAUGAGUAGACAAAUGAGUGAGAGCUCUAUUUAUGGCACUGAUCAGGAAGAAGAGGAGGAUGAUGAGAGGAAGAUUGAGUUGGGUCCUCAGUAUACUCUUAAAGAACAGCUUGAAAAAGAUAAGGACGAUGAGAGCUUGAGGAGAUGGAAGGAACAGCUUCUCGGCAGUGUGGAUCUUAAUUCUGUUGGAGAAACUCUGGAUGCAGAAGUAAAGAUGAGGAGUCUUGCAAUAAAAUCCCCGGGGAGAGCGGAUAUUGUUCUGUCAAUUCCGGAGAAUGGAAAUCCGAAAGGGACAUGGUUCACCUUGAAGGAAGGCAGCCGCUACAGCCUGCAGUUCAGCUUUGAGGUUGGGAAUAACAUUGUAUCAGGCCUCAAGUACACUAAUACAGUUUGGAAAACUGGUCUCAAAGUAGAUAGCACCAAGGAGAUGCUCGGAACUUUCAGUCCUCAGCCAGAGCCUUAUACUCAUCAACUGCCCGAGGAAACUACCCCGUCUGGCGUUUUUGCUAGAGGCUCCUACUCCGCCAGAAGUAAGUUCGUCGAUGAUGAUAACAAGUGCUACUUGGAGAUUAACUACACAUUUGAUAUCCGGAAAGAGUGGCAGCCAACUUAAGUUCAACAUGGCAUCAAUGUUACUACUAAAUCAAUUCUUUUUCCCACUUUAAAUAUGAUUUUGAUGUUUAAGGUAUCUUCUUGUCUUUGUGUUUGUUGUCCCAUUUAAUGUCUGCUAGUUUUUAUGAACAAUCAAAGGGAAGAUUAGAAAAUGUUCAGUUUGUAGUUGUGGUAAAUGAAACUCAAUUCUAGUUUAAAUCAUUCAAUUGUA